AUGACUAAGCCUCUCCAGUUUAGAAUCCUUCCACUUGUCCAACCAACCGGGGACAAAGGAAAGGCUGAUGAACCUAAAAUAAGAGCUCUUUGCGCUGAAGGUCUUUCUGAAUGUCCACCAGAAGAUCGCUGUAUUGCGUGGCUAGUUUUAUUAGGAGUAUAUCCAUCAGACCCACUUACAUGGAAGGAAGUUAGGGAUGACUUAUUUAAGACAUAUAGAGAUUUCUGCGAUCUUUUCGGAGUCGCUGAUUGGCAUACAAAGCAUUUUAAAGCAAAUGUCCAGAAAAAAGCAUUAGAAGUCAAGGAUUGCUCGAAAAUGCAUGUGAUUCAUAAUGAUAUUGUUAGAACAGGUCGACAUAUUUUUUUCCUUCCACCAGGCGAAGUGGUUGAACCAUACGAAACAGCAUGUUUAGCUCCAUUUGCUGAACACAUGAGAAGGUUAGAAAGAAUUUUAUACAUUUUCUCAGAAUGUAAUCGAACUUUAUCUUAUAUGCAAGGGUUCAAUGAACUUUUACCCGUACUGUAUUACGUCAACUACCAAGCCCCACAAUUAUUUGAUGACGAUCCUUUAAUGAUUGAAGCGAUUUCUUUUGCUUGUUUACAACAAUUAUUAACUACAACCGAAAUCAAUGUUUUAUAUACGACUCAAGACCAAUCUUCACUAAUUCUUCAUAAAAUGCAAGUUUUCCAGGAUAUUCUUAAGAAACAUUCUCCAGAAUCGUUUGAAACACUCCAAAAGCUUAACAUUCAACCACUAUUAUACUCUUUCAGAUGGUUUAACUUAUUAUUUGCACAGGAAUACGAGUUACCAGUUCUAUUAAUUAUUUGGGAUACUUUACUUGCUCACCAUGAUAAUUUGCUUGAAUAUGCAUUCUAUUUUGGUGUUGCUUCAAUUAUGUCUAAGUCCGAUUUCUUAGAUGUACAUGAUUUCGCAAAAACAUUAACAAAUUUACAAAAUCUCAAAGUUUCGAAUGUUUUUGUGACAAUUAAACGUGCAAAAGAGAUGUAUCAAGAAGACCACAAGACAGUCAAUUUCUUUGAAAAAAUGAAGAAUUUCAUAUUUGUUUAA